AUAGUAUUUUGUCAUUACAGAAAUCCCAGUCAAUAAAAAGAUUUCCGUAUUAUAUAUUGCACGUUUUUCUAACAUCAAAAGGUACAGUACGGUAGUAAUACAUCUUACAACCUAGGGUUUUCCUGUGUAGAAUUUAUAACAAUGUUGUUAGCGACCUGUACUAAGUGCACAUAACAUUGUGUGACGUAGGGCUUUUUUUAAAGAAACAUCUUACUAUUUCUUGCCAUAUGAAAUAUGCACAGCAUUUUGAAAGUUCUUUUAACAUGACCACACACCAAAAUUCAUGCAGUGUUUUCCAACUGCAAGCAUACACAAAUAGGCGUACAUUUAAGCUGAGUAUCAACAUACAAUAAGUCUGGGUAUUGUGAUAGAAACAUUAUCCUCCUUUUGCUAGCUGUGUCCAAGAGACCACAAAAGACCAAAUGUCUUGAUGUAUGGGAGUUUGCAAUGAGAGAGGAAAAGUGAAACAAGACACCUUGGCAUUCAUGACCUUCCCAUUGACUCCCAUUUAAACCCUCUGACCCCUCCCAGGGUGAAAAUAAACUACGCAGUGUAGUCAUCAAACAAGACUGUAAUUUCUACACCAGUAAAUGUUUGCUACGCUAGAGCGUUUAAGAUGAAUAUUGCACACGAGGACAUACUAAGAAGGCAUCGCACAGAUAUAGUGAAAGUCUUAGACGUGGCUCACGUCAAAGACAGUCUCAUCGAGAAUGGAGUGUUUAGCACGCAGCUUUGGGAGGAAAUCGAAAAGGCAGGCGGGGAGUCGAAACGAGAAAAGGCGUCCCGGCUUCUAGACAGACUGCCGACCCGAGGUCCCAACGCUUUUUCGUGUUUCUGUGAGGCGCUCGUGGCAGGGGAGUAUGAUUUUCUAGGGGAGCAGUUGACACAGGAAGCUGACCAACAACAUGCUCUAGAGUCAAUCCAGGCACGUGGUAGACGAACACCAAGCUCCAGUCAUCACUACUUUCACGAAGGAGCUGUGAAUGGUCAAACACAAACAAUGGACCAGUCCCUAAACGGACAGAUCAACAACAUCAGGAAGGAAUAUCGGAAAUGCUUGUUGAGAGGGAAAGGAGUAACUCUUACAAAAGCACUCAACAAAGUCAUUCACUUCAAGAAGCGUGGCGGCAAAAGAGCCUCAGAACAGACAAUAACGUCCUUGAAAUACAUCAAAGAAGCUUUAAAAAGUCCUUCAUUUGACGAAUCAAAUGUGUCGGCUUUGACUGAAAUUCUUGAGCUCGUUGAGAAAUUGAAGCACAUUAGAGACGAGCUUCAAAAAGACGGGUCUGUUCCUGAUAAUGUGUCAAAUUUGAGUUCCAUGUUGGCUGAUGGAGCCGACUUUUCCACUCUCCACAACAUGACUCUUAGCAUAGGCAUAGAUUAUCUGAGAGACUUUGGCAUGCAGGGGAUGGACGCCUCCAGUAAAUUGAAGUUUGGCUCAGUUCUGGUGCUCAUCCCUUAUCUCUGUGACCUCUCUGAACAAGCAGUUCAUCUGACAAAGAGACACAGCUCAGAUAGAGUGGGGGACUCUCCUACAAGGAAGGUAUCUGAAAGGAUGGAGCCAUUCAGUGAUGUAGUAGUGGAGGGAGUAGCCAUGUCACCUUACCCUGAACCACAGGAUAAUGUGUUCUUACCUGAAAGUAAAUCUUCUGCAAGGAGCUACAGGGACAUGGAGGGCACUAUGAUGUCAAGGCUUGACCGAGCCUCUGAGAGAAUCAGUCAGCUGGAACAGACACAGAUGCGCUUCUCACAAGACAGGGACCGUAACAGCAACGGCAUCUUGGAGGAGAUCAAAAAGCUGAACUCCAAGAUGGACAUACAAGCAUUGAAGAUAGACCAGAUGGACAAGAAGAUAGAACAUCAGUCACUACUACUGCAGCAGAAUGAAGACAUUAAGAACAGUUUGUUUGAUGUAUCCAACCACCUGGAGUACAUAAGGAAGGCAUUAGGAGGACAGACGGAGAAGAAAACAGCACUGGAGGCAAAAGUCAGCAGUUUAGAAGAACGAGUCCUGAAUCUUCUAGAUCAGGAAAUUGAUAGAUCCAAACUGAUCGAGGAGAUACAGGGUGUAGAAAAUGAAGUUGUCGAGCUGAAGGAAUGGUUCCAGGAUGGGGACCUGUUCAUCACAGAGAGGUUAGAACAGAUGAACAGGCACCUCCUGGAUGUGCUGUUAAAGUUGGAACGGGAUUCGUUAGGUCGUCAACUCUCUGCAGCUAUUGACAUGGUAGAGAAACAACUGAAGUUCAAAGAGUUCACACGGUUUGCCCGAAUGUUAGGAUUCUCGGACCAAGAGAGCACCAAAAUCCGCAGUGCUGCUCGAGACAAUUUUGGCCAGCAAAAGUCCGAACUUCUUAGAAAGUGGAGAGAAAAGAAUGGCAGCAAUGCCACAGCCAAGCACUUAGAGCAGGCAUGCAGAAACACUGGUCUUUCUACACUAGCAGACAAGAUAGCUAGGAUAUCUGGUGCCCCAAGUGCAGCUCAUUCGGUGAGAUUACCAUCAUUGACAGGAGGACAGGGAAAUAUGAACCGACCAGUGGUCAGGAAGACUAGCUAUCAAGAACUAAAAGGUGGGUAUGGCAUAGAUAAGCUACAACAUGGUGUAUUCCGCAUCACCCUCAGUCCCAAACCUCCUGUGGGUCAGAUCAUCCUCCAGCCUUCAGCUUCCCCGUGA